UUAGCCUCAGGAAUCAUCGAUAAGAUCCGCUCAAAGAGAUCGUAGGACAUCUGAUUGGGCCACAACACACUCUGUAGGAAAAAUCAAGUGCGUUGGACCCGAGAGCUUGAAGUGGCCCUUGGAGGGUUGACGUUGGCCUAUCUUCAACGGGUAGACCGGGUAGACGGGUAGAUAAAAAAAGAGGUAUCCUUACCACCACGGUUGGUUGGUAGGAAAUUAAGCGAUUCCUGAGAAGUGCGGGCGGGAACAACGAGUUAACGAGUCCCACGGAGCAGAUAUUCUCAUCGACGUCAAGGCGUGAGUGGGGAGUGAUGAUACCGGGGGGAGCUUUGAGACUCGGCGGUACGCAGCUGUGCGGUGCAAGUUGGUGUCAGAAUUUGGCCUUCAAAUGUAGUGACCAAAAGAAGACCCCUUCCAUGGCGUGUCAUGGAAGUUGGUCAUGGGGUUUGCGCACGAACAUACCUCAACACUUGCACUCUAACUUGGUUAGAGUUUCUGGAUCAUGUAGGCUGGGUGUAGUCCUCAGAACCGGAUCAGACCGUGAGGGGUCCAAAGCCAGUAUUUCCUGGGGAUAUCCACUUGAUUGCAAUGGGCCAAAAGUCAGAUUCCAGGUACCGCUAGCACGAAGGAGAUUGGUGAAUCGGGUUCGCCUGAGGCUGUUGUCUUUCCGGAACUGUUGGUGUCGGCGGAGGAGUGCGGCGGCCGAGGAAUGGGGGGUGUGGAUUGACCGACCGGGACGACGGGAAAGGGACGGGGGGGAGAGAGAUGUGGUAGUUGAGAGAUUCCUCGUCAAGAACAAGGGCCCGAGGAAUUCCAAUGGUGUCACUGAAAACAAUUGGGUAGAGGAAGAAUUGGUCUAAAAGUCCAAAGACAGAAAAAAAAGUCGGCUGCGGGAAACCUAUUUCUUUAUCUGAUUUCUCUCCUCAUUUAUCGCUCGGCCCUGUCCUGUUCUAUGCUGGGGAAAUUGGUUGUCGGUUGCCCAGAGGUUGAUCUCUCUUCCUUCCCUCCUGUUGCU